UAUUAAAUUUUUGCCAUAUUCCUAGCACUACUAUGGUCUUUUCGGCAUCCACACAUAAAAAACAGCUGUUUUAGGGUUUUAGCAAAAUUCUUCAUUAGCGCUUAAUCUGAUAGCCACAGAGACUCUCUUCCUAUCUCUCCUAGUUUAGACUCUCACACCACCAAUGGAAGACCAGCAAGACGCCACAGCUCUCAAGCACCCCUUCUCGGACCGCGUCCCUAUCCGAUCCAUUGUCAAUCGGCCCGACGGAGGAACUGGCCUCUGUGGGCAACGCGUGCGAAUUGGCGGCUGGGUGAAGACCGGAAGAGAGCAGGGCAAAGGAUCCUUCGCCUUUUUGGAGUUGAACGACGGCUCGUGUUCUGCCAAUCUCCAGGUUAUUGUGGAGAAGGAAGUGGCGGAUCUGAGCCCGCUGGUUCACACUGGCGCAUGCGUCUCCGUUGAGGGCGUCCUCAAAGAGCCACCUGAAGGAACCAAACAGAAGAUUGAGCUCCGAGUUGAAAAAGUGCUCCAUGUUGGACCCGUUGACCCGGCUAAGUACCCGAUUCCUAAGACGAAGCUUACGCUUGAGUUCUUGAGGGAUCGUAUCCAUUUUCGACCCAGAACAAACACGAUUUCUGCUGUUGCCCGGAUUCGCAAUGCACUUGCUUUUGCCACCCACUCAUUCUUUCAAGAGCAUGGUUUUCUAUAUGUUCAUACUCCAAUUAUCACAACUAGUGACUGUGAGGGUGCCGGUGAAAUGUUUCAAGUUACCACCUUGAUAAGUGAAAUUGAAAAGAUAGAGAAGGAGCUGAUUCAGAAUCCUCCUCCAUCAGAAGCUGAAAUUGAAGCAGCUAAGCUUGUUGUUAAGGAGAGAGGAGAGGCUGUGGCUCAACUGAAAUCUGCUAAAGCAAGUAAGGAGGAGAUAGCUGCUUCAGUGGCUGAACUGACAACAGCAAAGGAGAAUGUCUCAAGGCUGGUGGAAAGAUCUAAACUUAAACCUGGCAUUCCCAAAAAAGAUGGAAAGGUUGAUUAUUCACUAGAUUUCUUUUCCCGACAAGCAUUUUUGACAGUCUCUGGCCAACUACAAGUUGAAACUUAUGCCUGUGCUGUUAGCAACGUUUAUACAUUUGGACCAACUUUUCGAGCUGAAAACUCUCACACUUCCAGGCAUUUGGCCGAGUUCUGGAUGGUGGAGCCUGAAAUAGCUUUUGCUGAUCUUCAGGAUGACAUGAACUGUGCAGAGGCAUAUGUGAAAUAUAUGUGUCAGUGGCUGCUUGAUAAAUGUUUUGAUGAUAUGGAACUUAUGGCUAAACUUUAUGAUAAAAGUUGCAUUGACCGACUAAGAAUGGUAGCGUCUACCGCAUUUGAGCGUAUUUCAUACACAGAAGCAGUGCAACUGUUAGAGAAAGCUGUACAAGGUGGUAAGCAGUUUGAGAAUAAGGUGGAAUGGGGAAUAGAUCUGGCAUCAGAGCAUGAGAGAUACUUGACAGAGGUUUUAUUUCAGAAGCCUGUCAUUGUGUACAACUAUCCAAAAGGGAUAAAAGCAUUUUAUAUGAGGCUCAAUGAUGAUUCAAAGACAGUAGCUGCAAUGGAUGUCCUUGUACCCAAGGUAGGGGAGUUGAUUGGCGGAAGCCAAAGAGAAGAGCGCUUGGAGGUCAUUCAGCAAAGGAUUGUUGAGAUGGGACUACCUCUUGAGCCAUAUGAGUGGUACCUUGACUUGCGGCGGUUUGGGACAGUAAAGCAUUGUGGAUUUGGCUUAGGCUUUGAACGGAUGAUACUAUUCGCCACUGGCAUUGACAAUAUAAGAGAUGUCAUCCCCUUCCCUAGAUACCCAGGGAGAGCAGAUCUUUGAUAUUCUGUUUACUAAUAGAGUGUUGAUGUUAGUAUUUUGCCUUUAAAAUUCAACUGAACAGUGUUUUCUAUCUAAAUUUCGUCUCUAAUUUAUUUGGCUACUUGGAUCUCGGAUAUAAUUUAAAAAUUAUGCUCCUUUACACGCUGAGCUCAUUGUUUAUUUGUAAAUGCAUUUUGGUUAAGUUGCUUAUCAUAGCGGUGAAUGUGAGUCACUUUUGUUUGGUUC